GAAGUCCAGGUCAUCAGGUUCUGCCAGGAGAGCAUGCAGCAGUGCCUGCACAGAGUGACAUCCCAGCUCAGGUACAACCAGGAGGCUUGGCAGGAGCUGAUGAAGGACCUGACUGACAAGCAGAUGGACAUCGACAACAAGUGCUACCAGCAGGAGGACACCUCCACAGACACCAGCUUCUCCCCAGGAGUGGAGAAGGUCGAUGCCAAGGUCUCGGUGCCAGAGACACAGGCCACGUUCACCGACAGCAAGAUCCUCAUCGCUCAGUCCACCCGGGCGACCUCGGCCAGGCUGAGAGGCAACCAAGACAGCCUCCUCACGGGCACAGCUGAUGACAUGUGGCGCCAGUUCCACAGGGUCAACAGUGCCAUCGCCAGCCGCAUCACUGAGAUGCUCAACACCAAGAGCAAGAUUCAGACCCACCUGGCCAAGACCCAGAACGAAAUCUUCCGUAUGGAGGCAAACAUACGAAUCAUCGAGAGAACCAUAAAGGACAAAGAGGUUGAGCUGAAAGUGGCUCAGACCCACCUGGAUGAGCACACGAAGAGACCCAGUGUGGUGCUGUGCUGGGACAAUGCCCAGCACUGCCUUGUCAAUGAGGUCAAGGAGAUCACUGAGACCCUCCGGAACCUUCAGCACGGCCUGAAAGCCUCUGAGGACAUGCUGCAGAUGCUGUUUUACGCCAAGGCUGUCCUGGAGUAUGACCUGGCUGUCAAGAACAACUCACUCUUCAUUGACAAGAAGUGCAUGGCCAUGCACAAGAGCUUUUUUCAGCACCGUCCACAACCCGAGACAUGUCUAAACUCCCUCAGCUGA